AUGCCGCCGCGACGGUGGCACCACGAGACCGGCGGGGAGCUCGCGCACAUCGUCUCGAGCCUCCUCCACGGCUCCGGCCCGCCCCCCGUGCUCGUCGGGAUCACCGCGUGCAUGGUGUGCACCGCGCUGUCGUCGCUGGGCGUCGGGCGUUGGCACGAAAAGAUGUGGCGACAGCGCCGCGCGGACGCGGACGUCCUCGCGUCGGCGCUGAGGAGGGAGGCGGAGGAGGAGAUCCUGAACGCGUCGAUGGCGACGAGUAGCGCGAUGGACACCGCGCGAGACGAGAGCGACAUGUCGUUCGUGGUCGAGAGCGCGGACGACGACGACGAGACGAUGUCGAUCCGAGGCUCCGAGACGAGCGCGUCCGAGGCUGGGAGCGACGUCGCGUGGACGACGACGACGCCGUCGUCGUCGCGCGCGACGAAGGGGCGCGACUUCAAGUGCGCGCCGCCGCGCGGGAGCGCGAAGAAGCCGCCGUCGAGGCUCGCGCGGCACAGCCCGAACAGCGUGUUAGGGGACCUCACGAACGUCGGGGUGUCAUCGCGGAGGCGAUGA